CCGCCGAAUUACAUCACCAUUUCAUGGCACGCGUUUGACGCAUUUGUUAAAAUUUUCGACUUUUCGUGACAGCACGUCAAUUUCGACAUUUGAUUGAUAAUUUUCUAAAGAUCCAUCAAAUUAGUUUGUUUGAAAGUUGGUUUGGGCGCUAAAUGUUAUUAUUUCGCUGUUUUAACUUUAAUACAAUGAUGUGAUUGUGAGGUGUCCAUUUUUGGUUGCGCGCUUGUAUCCCAUAAUGAGUGCUCUAAAGUGUGUGGUUGAAGGCUGCAAUUUAGAGUACGAUGUAGUCUGCAGCUUCUCCUUCUACAAUGCAAACAUAUCUACCGACAAUGAAGGCAAACGCCAGGACUGGAUUGAGGGUGCUAUGCACGAGGAGAGCGAGUGCCUGUGGAGGCAUGUCAGCCUCCAACUAUGCGGUUACCACUUCGAGUUGGACAACCAAGGACUUUGGAUCGAUUCGCCCAUGCUGCCUGAAUUGCUUACACAACAGGAAAAAAAUGCUCCCGUUAUUCAAUCGCCGAACGAUAAGAAAAGCGCUGUGAGGGGCCCGUCCUAUCAAGGCCUAUUCGAAAAGUUCAUAGGAGGAGUCCCAAAAGUGGCUGAAAUAAUCCGGAUGGAGCACAACUAUAGCGUUGAGCCGAUCAAGGAAAAAGUGGAAAGUGUGUCCAGACUGAAUGUCAGACAACUCGUCGAUACUUUAGGAUACCUAUCGAUGAAGAAUCUGCAGAGGAAACAGCUGUGGGUGGUGAAGGUGGAGACGGACAAGGCUGAAGCCUCCAUCACGCAGUCCGAGCAGGUGAUCACUAAGAUGCCCGACCCUAGGCAGAUUAUUGAGAUAAUCCCCCAAACGUCAACAUCAUCAGCAUCAGCUGAGCCGCAGAACUCUGAAGUGCUUCAAAUCAUGGAUGACAGUUCCAUCGCAGACAACUUCAUAUAUGAGAUCGCUGAAGAACAGGAAAUUACCAUGGAAGAGGUCAAGGAGAUACCGGCUACCAGCACCGAGAACCCUGAGUGGACUGUCAAUAUACUCCCGGAUGACACAAAACCCAAAUAUGCUUAUAUAAAACACUGUGCAACGGGCAAGAAAAAAAGACAUUUCACCGCAGACAUGAACGAAAUAACCCUACAGGGAGACUUUGAAAAUUACUACAUACUACCCGAUGUUGAUCCUUCCGUAGGAGUAGAAAUUACCACAAGCUAUGAGCCUGAGAAUUAUAUCGUUGAGGAAUACCAGCAUUUGGUACUCGAUGAACGACCAAAGAAGAGGUCUAAAGAUGAUUCUGGAAGGAAAAAGAAGAAGCGGCUAUCUUCUAACCCGGCUGUAAAAGAGGAACCCGGGGAUUGGGUGAUUGAAAACAAUAUUGUCUAUGAACAGGACGAGGACUAUGAUGAUCCCAAAAAGGUUGCUUCGAGAGUUAGAAGAAAAAAUAAAAAAUAUCUAGGCUAUGAUUUUGUCACAUAAGGUUUUUUUUUGGACUGUCGGCAUUUGAUUUUGGGUUUUUAAGCUUUUUAGAAGGUAGGUGGGAUUUUUUUGUGAAAGUUUACGAAAUGUAUGCACUAUAGUCUUUAAGGUGCGUUUUGAAUUCUUGCUGUCGACUGCAUGAAGUCGGCCGCAGCUGCACUACUGGUUUGUAUGUAUUUACAUGAAACCGUUUUGGAUCGAAGCGGCAGCAGCACGUGCAGUCGACAGCUAGCAUUCAAAACUUACCUUUAUAUUCAUGAAAUAAUAUUCAAUGAUUAUAAGGUACAAUUCGUUAAAGCCCGCAAAGUGCUAAAUUCGACUCCUGGGUCUCGAUAAUGUUACUAGGAGCAUCGCUAAUUAACUUUGCAACUAUGAAGUUAGCCAUUUGUCGCUUACGCAUGCGUAGUAAUGUUUUGUUCAUAUUUUUUUGACUAUCUUCGUUACGUUAAACUGUAGGUCCCGGCUGUCAUUGAACAUCCUUGGCAGUCGUUACGGGUAGUCAGAAGCCAGUAAGUCUGACACCAGUCUAUCCAAGGGGUAUUGGGUUGCCCGGGUAACAGGGUUGAGGAGGUCAGGUCAGAUACGGCAGUCGCUUCUUGUAAAGCACUGGUACUCAGCUACAUCCGGUUAGACUGGAAGCCGACCCCAACAUAGAUGGGAAAAAGGCUCGGAGGAUGAUGAUAUUGUGAUGUCAAUAGUAAGCAAACUUUCUUGACAAUAUCUGUAUGAACAAAUGACUAAGAAGUCAAAUGACUAACUUCUGGCUAGUUUUCAAGAAAAUCUCAUCUACCUACAAAAAGCAAGGUUAUAUUUCAAAAUACGAGUUGGUUAUUAGUCUUUUAACUGUAAAAAAUAUACAAACAUAUAUAAUAAUUAAAGAUAUGAUUUUCUUGCUAAUUUAAAAACCACUUUUUCUUGACUUAUGUCCGUUCCCAAUAUUUAAUCCAUCUUUUGUUGGCUUACCAGAUACAGAAUUUUGACAUUAGCCACAUACAAGUAAUGUUAAAAUCCUAUCUCUAGUAGUCAAAUAAAAGAUAGCUUGAUUAUUGGAAACGGCGAUUAAUAUUCGAGCAAUUUCGAUGUUUUAUCUCACUGGUCAAUAUUAUACUUAAAAGUUUAGAUUCCAAUUUUUUUCAAAAAAAAAAACAAUAGAAUUUCGUUAUUAAAACAUCUCGUCUGUCAUUUGAACAUCAUUGGCAGUCGUUACGGGUAGUCAGAAGCCAGUAAGCCUGACAACCAGUCUUAUCAAGAGGUAUUGUGUUGCCCGGGUAACUGGGUUGAGGAGGUCAGAUAGGCAGUCGCUCCUUGUGACACACUGGUACUCAGCUGUGUCGCGUUAGACUGGAAGCCGACACCAACAUAGUUGUGAAAGAAGCUAGGCUGAUGAUGGAACAUCUCGUUUUCGCCCAUUCAGUAGUGUACCUGAUUGGAAAAAAUUGUUCUAAGUUUCAUUGCAAAGAUAUUAUUUUAUUAUAAACGUCAGUUUUCUUAAAACAACUUAGCAAUAUGAAUUUUCACAUUCAAUUGACUAAGCAUACAGUUGUUUUAAGAAAAAAUUGACAGUAACUUGGGCUUGAAUUAAACACAAAUAAAUCUUUAAUCUUCUCAUCUAUACUAAUAAUAUUAAAAAACUAGAGUUUGUUUGUUUGAAUGCUUUUAUCUCAGAAACUACAGGACCGAUUGGAAAAAUUAUUUCAGUGAUAGAUAGCAUGUUUAUCAAGGAAAGUUAUAGACUAAAAGUAGUUCCCUAGGGACGCGAGUGAAACUGCGGGGAAAAGCUAGUAUAUACAUACAUAGUUUUUAAUUUUAGAUAAACUUAGGUUUCUAUAAAUGACUUGAAAUCAAAUGUCGACAUGAAAAAUAAUAAUAUUAAGGUUUUGUUUAAAAUUUUAUGCAAUUUAGUGCUUUGUUUUUUGGUUAAACAAUGAAAUGGUUUGAUGUUUAACUGUGGGAUUUAACUGUGAUAGUUAACUGCUUGACUAACUUGCAGUUUAAAAGUUAACUGUAACAAAAUAACAAGCUGUUGUACAAGGGAAAUUGACUGAAGAUUAAAUAGUUAUAUUAUCAAAAGUGGACGCUGGGUGCAGGUCGCCUCCAACAGGUAUCUGUGGAGAUCUAAGGGGGAGGCCUAUGUUCAGCAGUGGACGUCCGCCGGCUGAGAUGAUGAUGAUGAUGAUUAUCAAAAGUAUUUCAAUAUUCAAAAACCGCUAUACAAUUUUUCAGAGAAUAAAUAGAAGACGAUUUUUUACCCGACUGCCAAGAAGAGCUAUAUUAUUCGUGCAUAUCUCGUCUUCGUAUGAAUUUUCAGUAGCUCACAGUUAAAUAUCAAGCCUUAUCGAGUGCCUACCAAUAUAGUUUUUUUUUUCAUGAAUUAUAAGAAAAUUUAGCAAAAUAAAAUCAGAUAAUAUUACUUACAUGUAUAUUUGUUUGACCUUUUAAGUGUGUUGGCUUAAAAAUAUAUCUUUUUUAAAAUAAUUUUUCUACGCAAAGAAACGGUACAAUCACACUUUAGAUAUAUUCUGUCAUAAAUAGUCGUGAAGCUACCUAUUAAGGGCCCGAUUCUCCUAAGUUAAUAAUGUCAAAAUUGAAUCGCAAUAGCAGUUUUAACCAUAUCGGGCAUUCUGCUACUAAUAUAAGACCAAUCGUAUACCAAUGACCUUCAAUUGGUUUGCGAUUGGUCUGCCAUUUGAUCUAUACGGUAGUUUGCUCUACAAUCAUAUUGCAAUCGUAAAUAAUUUGCAGACAAUAUGAUUCAUUAUUGAAUCACAGAAACGUAUAAAAAUGUUUAUUUAAAAGAAAAAAUAUUGGAAUGCCACAUACGCUUCAAUCGUAAUUGAGUCGUGAUUGGAUCUCAGUCGGAUGUGAAUCGGAUGUCGCUUAAGUAAAGCAUAUGCAUCGACGAGCUUUUAUGUUCUCUCGGUGCUGUCAGUACCGAGUGUCGCGCAUCAUGAAUUUAUGUAUUUGUUCAUCUUAUUUAGCGAAGUCUCAUCUCAACAACAUUGGAAAUGUUAAGAUUCAGUUGCACCAUUUAACUAUAACGAUAACCAAACCAUAACCAGCCGUAUACUUGCCGCCCAUUGGUCACGGCGACUUGACAACUGAAAAUGGUUCGGUUAUCGUUAUAGUUAAAUAGUGUAACUUUGUCCGUCUUACCACAAAAACUUUUAAACGUCAGUUUAAGACUUGUCUAAAAAAAUGUCAGAUUAUGACGUUGAAAUAAGGUCCAUUUUGCAGCCACAAUUUUUUAGACAAGUCUUAGACACAUGUUUAAGUUUUUGUAGUAAGACCAUGUAUGUUUAUUUGAGCAGAUUUUCAAUAAAUAUAUUUUUAAGUCAGCACGUAUUCGAUCAUAGAGUUAGUAUCAUGGUGUAUAUUGUUGUAUAAUUUAAGAACCAUGAAUAAAACAGUGUUUUAAAAUAAAUACUUUUCUUUUUGAA